AACCGCUACGCCAGGGUUUCCAGAGUUAGAAUACCCAACCGAAAAACCAAACCCAGUGCCGUCUAGUCGAUUCCGACUCACAGCGACCCUAUAGGACAGAGUAGAAUUGCCCGAUAGAGUAUCCAAAGAGCGCCUGGCGGGUUAACCACUACGCCACCAAGGUUUCCCAGGGUUAGAAUUAAACAAACAAACAAACAAAAACCUUUAGAACUACAAUUCCCGGCAGACCCUGCGAAGAAGUUCUCGCGAUUUGCGAGAAGACACGUGCGCCAAAGGAGCCAUCAGUAAUCCGGCAGCAGACCUGGAGUAAAGGGUGCUAGUGGUUUAGGUAGCGAUCACCAUCAUGCUCAAAGCUGUGAUCCUGAUUGGAGGCCCCCAAAAGGGUGAGAAAUCAGGGAUGGGACUCGCUUUAGGCCUUUGUCUUUCGAGGUGCCCAAACCGCUGUUCCCUGUGGCAGGGGUUCCUAUGAUCCAGCACCACAUAGAGGCCUGUGCCCAGGUUCCUGGAAUGCAGGAGAUUCUGCUCAUUGGCUUCUACCAACCUGAUGAGUCCCUCACCCGCUUCCUAGAAGCUGCCCAGCAGGAGUUUAACCUUCCGAUCAGGUACCUGCAGGAAUUUGCUCCCCUGGGCACGGGGGGUGGUCUCUACCAUUUCCGAGACCAGAUCCUGGCUGGAAGCCCUGAGGCCUUCUUCGUUCUCAAUGCUGAUGUCUGCUCUGACUUCCCCUUGAGUGCUAUGUUGGAUGCCCACAGACGCCAGCCCCAUCCAUUCUUACUCCUAGGCACCACGGCUAACAGGACGCAAUCCCUCAACUAUGGCUGCAUCGUUGAGAAUCCACAGACACAUGAGGUUCUGCACUAUGUGGAGAAACCCAGCACAUUUGUCAGUGACAUCAUCAACUGCGGCAUCUACCUCUUUUCCCCGGAAGCCCUGAAGCCCCUUCGGGAUGUCUUCCAGCGUAAUCAGCAGGACGGGCAACUGGAGGACUCUCCAGGCCUCUGGCCAGGGGCAGGCACCAUUCGGUUGGAGCAGGAUGUGUUCUCAGCACUGGCCGGGCAGGGCCAGAUAUACGUGCACCUCACUGAUGGCAUCUGGAGCCAGAUCAAGUCUGCAGGCUCAGCCCUCUAUGCCUCCCGCCUCUAUCUGGGCCGAUACCAGUUCACUCAUCCAGAACGGCUGGCCAAGCACACCCCAGGGGGUCCACGGAUCCGAGGAAAUGUUUACAUCCACCCAACGGCUAAGGUGGCCCCAUCUGCUGUGCUGGGGCCCAAUGUCUCCAUUGGGGAGGGGGUGACAGUGGGCGAGGGUGUACGGCUUCGAGAGUGCAUUGUCCUUCAUGGAGCCACGCUGCAGGAGCACACAUGCGUGCUGCAUAGCAUCGUGGGCUGGGGGAGCACUGUAGGGCGCUGGGCCCGCGUGGAGGGCACCCCUAAUGACCCCAACCCCAACGACCCCCGAGCCCACAUGGACAGCGAGAGCCUUUUCAAGGAUGGGAAGCUGCUGCCAGCCAUCACCAUCCUGGGCUGCCGUGUCCGUAUCCCCGCCGAGGUGCUCAUCCUGAAUUCGAUUGUUCUGCCACACAAGGAGCUCAGCCGCAGCUUCACCAACCAGAUCAUCCUCUGAGAGGGUCCACUGGAAGGCCUCCCCACUCCUCCCUGCUCCUCUCCAGCUCCUGCCUGCCUGCCUGGCCGUCUUCUGUCCAGAAAGGCCCAAAGGAAGCCAGGCGGGAGCAGCACAAGGCUGGGAGCAAUGUGGGUGGCCCUGGGACUCCGGCCUCCCUCCCUUUUCGCUAAUAAACCCCGUGAACCUUG